UACAGCAUCGAGAGCAUGACAACAUUUCCGAAUGUCUGUGGAAAUGGCACCACCGUUACUUGUAUAGUUAUGGAUAAUAAAGAACCCCAAAGCCAGACUACCUGUGCCAGUCAUAAUGGGAGACACAGCACCGACAACAAUGUUGAGGAGGAAUUUCAAGAGGACAAGCUCAGCCCUUCCAAAAUCAUGCGCUUUUUCACCACCCCUCGGAAACGGGCUAAUUCCAGCUCUGACAGGCCUCGUUCUCUGGUUUUGAUGGGCAACUCAUCCACGUGGAAUGCCUUUUCUUCUAUCAGAAAGAUGGGAUCUUUCAAGAAGUUGAAAUCUUCAGUUCAGCAAGGAACUCAAACAAGGGAAUGCUCAGACGUUGUAAAUGACAACAGCAUAGGCAAACAUGGUUCAAAUGGAGCAGUGGUGCAAGUUCAGACUAACAGGUAUUCCUAUUCGGGGCCUCUACAUGAUUUCCAGAGUGCAGUGGAUGGUUUGGCUUCUGACUGCUCUGAUGUGGAGGAGAGUGAUGAGUCCUUCCUGAGGAACACUCAUCGCUCACGCAGCAUCAGGCGGGCUUACGGAGCUGGCCGCAUCAACUUGUUAGACACAGAUAAAAUUCAGAGUCGCCACAACUGUGUUAGGCCAACGUCACCUGUCGUUGCAGAGCCAAAGAUCUGUGAAAUUCUGGUGAAAGACUCCGAAAACAACAGGAUCAUUUAUUGGAGAAGCAAAAGUUCUGAUAAUUUGAACUUUCUGAAGAAAAGCUCAUUCAAACGGAAGUCCACCUCAAACCUUGCUGAUCUGAAGGUUGCAAAUGAAAAACAGAUACCAGCAAGGACUGCGAGUGUUCCUUCUGCUGACUCCGACAAAAGUGAUGGAAACCCUGAGAGGCGAUCCAAGCGAUGGAAGAGCCCUAUCAGAGCAAAGGAUUUUGAUCGAGUUUUGAAACUCGUCAGUAAUGUUACAGAUGUUGCAAGGAAGAAGGAUGGCCCCAAGAACGUGGCUCCCUCUCCCAGUGAGCUGUCCCAGAGAACAAGGUCAAACAGCAGGCUGCACGAUGACUACUCCCGCAGGGUUUCCAGCAGCACGGACCAUGACAGGAAGAGAUGCACCUCCUCAGUAUCCAGUCCAGACUCUUCCUUGCCAGGAACACCUUGCCUGCAAAGCCCUGUGAUUGCUCAGGAUAAAAAGGCUGAAAUGAAUGUAGCUGUCACUGAGGAUAAAAGCCCCAGGACGUCAUCAGGUAUCCCAGACUCUGAUAGCUUUUCACCUACUCUGGAUGACAUUAGUCCAUUUCCCAAUGAAGUCUUUUAUUCGGACUCAGAUGAACCAAAAGCUACUCAGCAGUGUACAGAUGAAGCCGAAAACCUUCAUGUUCCAGUCCGGCCAACUACUCCAAAGCCUCAAAGUCCAACUGCAGGGAAGGUCAAGUGCAGUAUGAAUUUCCAGUGUCCAAACCAUCACAGCACGUUGUCACUGAGCUCAUCGGAGAGCGAGGAGAGAGUUGAGGUACCGGGGCUGAAGCUGGGCAGGAAUCCUGUUUGCUUCCAGGACUCAGUGAAAACUGUGUAUUAUGAUGAUGGAAAUGAAGACAGUGGCAUAAGCAGCCACUCUCAGCUGAGCCUCAAUUUAGCCUCUGGUACUGAAGAGAAAAAGGAAGAGGUUGUUUCUGAUGACCACUGGAAGAGGUCCACAUCCCAGGAGGAAGAAAAGGCAGACUCACAAAAGGUCACACCAAGGAAAUGGGGCUCUGGAAAAAGAUCCCGGCCCAGACCUCUCUCAGACUAUGGCCAAAUGGCGAUCCGAAGUUUCUCUAUACCAGAAGAUGCAGUUGCAGUGGAGUCUCAGAACACAGACUGCACAGAUGGAGAAAAUCAGCUGGGACUGGCAUCCCUUGGGUCUGGGAUCCAAAGCAAUACUGUAGGCUACCACAGAGGGAGGAAAAGAAGACCCAUCUCCGUAAUAGGUGGGGUCAAUUUCUAUGGAGACGAUCAAGUAGAAGAGAGAGAAAAUCUGCUGACACAACCUGUGGCACGGCCACCCGUUCCAGCACACAAGGUGCCCCCGUACAAGGCUGUUUCAGCCAGGUUCCGGCCACUCACCUUCUCACAAAGUACCCCCAUCGGUCUGGACCGCGUGGGACGGAGGCGGCAGAUGAGAACAUCUAAUGUUGCUGCAGAUGCUGGAACUGAGUCUUCAGCCUUAGUGGAUGACAAUGGCAGUGAGGAAGAUUACAGCUAUGAGGAGCUCUGCCAAGCUGCUCCCAGGUACCUGCAGCCCGGAGGGGAACAGCUAGCAAUUAAUGAGCUGAUAAGCGAUGGCACCGUCGUCUAUGCAGAGGCUCUCUGGGACCAUGUCACUAUGGAUGAUCAAGAGCUGGGCUUCAAAGCUGGAGAUGUCAUUAGAGUUCUAGAAGCUUCCAACAAAGACUGGUGGUGGGGAAGAAAUGAGGACAAGGAGGCCUGGUUUCCAGCUAGCUUUGUCAGGCUGCGAGUUAAUCAGGAAGAAGUGCCAGAAAACUGUAGUAAUAUCCAGGAUGAAGAACAAGAUUCAGAUAUUAGCAAGCAUCGCCAGAAAAUAGCUGAAAACAGGGAUCAGAUGAGAACCAACGUUAUACAGGAAAUUAUGAAAACAGAACGAGUCUAUAUCAAGCAUCUCAAGGACAUCUGUGAGGGUUACAUUCGGCAGUGUCGCAAACAUACAGGAAUGUUCACCACAGCUCAGCUAAGCACCAUUUUUGGAAAUAUUGAAGAUAUUUACAAGUUCCAAAGGAAGUUUCUGAAGGAUCUUGAGAAACAGUACAACAAAGAAGAACCUCAUCUAAGUGAAAUAGGGUCAUGUUUUCUUCAACAUCAAGAAGGCUUUGCUAUUUAUUCAGAGUAUUGUAACAACCAUCCCAGUGCCUGCAUUGAACUCUCCAGACUGAUGAAGCAGGGCAAAUACCGCCACUUCUUCGAGGCCUGUCGCUUGCUUCAGCAGAUGAUUGACAUUGCCAUUGAUGGUUUUCUUCUCACGCCUGUUCAGAAAAUCUGCAAAUACCCUCUGCAGCUUGCAGAAUUGCUCAAAUACACCACUCAGGAGCACAGUGAUUAUAGCAACAUAAAAGCUGCAUAUGAGGCCAUGAAGAACGUGGCAUGCCUGAUCAAUGAGCGAAAACGGAGACUAGAAAGCAUAGACAAGAUUGCCCGUUGGCAAGUCUCUAUUGUAGACUGGGAGGGACCAGAUGUGUUAGCCAGAAGCUCAGAACUGAUCCACUCAGGAGAACUGACCAAAAUAUCAAAACAAGGCAAAAGCCAGCAGAGGACUUUCUUCCUUUUUGACCAUCAGCUUGUGUUCUGUAAGAAGGACUUGCUGAGAAGGGACAUUUUGUAUUACAAGGAUCGUAUUGACAUGGAUGAGACAGAAAUUGUGGACACCGAAGAUGGCAGAGACAAAGAUUUUAACAUCAAUGUCAAGAAUGCUUUUAAGAUAAUAAACAGAACAACAGAGGAGGUUCAUUUGUUCUGUGCAAAAAAACAGGAGGAUAAAAAGAGAUGGAUGGAGGCGUGUGAAAAUGAAAGGAGAAGAGUUCGAGAAGACAAGGAAAUGGGUAUGGAAAUCUCAGAAAACCAGAAGAAACAAGCCAUGCAGAAUGCCCGUAAGUCAAGGCAAGGAAAAAUUAAAGGUGGCUAUAAUGGGUGUCCUCUGCCUCCUCUACACCAAACCCUUCAUCCCCUUCACCAGCGACACAUCACCGUGCCUACCAGCGUCCCGCAGCAGCAGGUCUUUGCCCUGGCAGAACCCAAGCGGAAGCCAUCCCUCUUCUGGCAUACCUUCAACAAACUCACUCCCUUUAAAAAGUGAGAGGCCAAAGGACCUGGAAGGGCAUCAGCACAGAGGGAGACUCACUCCAGAGAAGGACCUUGGAGACAUGGUCAAGCUUACUUGAGCUCAGUGAAUCUCCCAUUUCAGAGGCAGAACCUUGGGUUCCCUUGAGACAGGAAUGCAGCCUUUGUCUUGGAUAAGAAGUUUGUCAGGGCUGCUCUGAAGUCCAUGUUGCCAAGUGUCAGCAUUGCUGAUGAAGAGCAGUCUCUCUUCUGACAAAGACAACUUGCUGUUACUCAGAAACAGCAGUAUUUGAUCUCUGUUUCUUAGUUAUGUUGAAGUAGUGAUGGAAUUGUGCAGGUCAUUGUAACAUUUCAUUUUUCUUAACCUUAUAUUGAUGGCCAAAUUUUGGAUAGGGAGGAAUUUUUCUAUAGGGAUGUAUCAGCAAGGAGUCUUAGGAGAAUUUUCUCCUUCCUUCUGGAGCACUGAGCACAGAUCACCCAUUAAAAUCAGGUGGAGCUAUCCCAUGUGAUUAACCAGCUGGUGCAGAAUUUAGUGGACCCUAAUCCUUCCUGUCUUUUUUUUUAUUACAUUGCCAAAUGGCAGGAGAACAUCCCGCAAGGCCUUACCAUAUUCCAGAUUGGAACAGGGAAAUUUUAUUCUGUCCUAUAGAAACAGGAACAGAGUAUGAAAUGGACUGUAAAGAUAUGUGCAUUUAUUGCACACAGGUGGAAACAAGAGGAGCCCAGGGCAUCUC